CGCUUCCCACCCUCCGAGUCAAUACAAUCGCCUCAUUCUUUGAUAAAUUUAUUAUACCAUCUUUUCCGACGGACCAGCUACUCGAGUGCCGUAUGUCUCGACAACAAUAAUUCACUCUUGCGGCCCCAAAGCAACGUUUCCUGUGCCUCGAACACCGGACCGAUAAGCGCGAUUCAAAGUGCUCUUUCAACAAAGAGUAUUUUCAAAGAAAACGUGGAAGUCGCCGACCUAUUCUAUACACAGAACGAGUCCGAGAAAAUUCAUUAGCUGCAGGGUCACGAGCUUCUUGUUUGCACUGUUAAUCAAUAACUGAAGCGCUAAGAGCUUAGGCUGCAGUCUUUGUCCCGGUUUCACGUCUCAUGGACUCGUCAUAAUGCCGAACCGUUCGAAGCGUAAUUUAGAUGACUUUGACCCGAACAAGUCCGACUCGGAUGACUUGAAUUAUGAUGAGGCGGAAGCGCGACCUGCGCGGAAGAGACCAAAGAAGAGCCAGUCGAAGAAGUCAUCUAAGAAAAGGAGACAUGCAGGCUAUGGCGGAGGCAGUUCUGACGAUAUUACGGACGAUGACGACAUGAGCGAGGGAUCCUUUGAAGAUUUCGAUGACGAGGAGGAAGAGCCUGAGCGCGAUCCAAUAACUGGGCGACCAAGACGCCAAGCCACAAAACAACGGCCAAAGUACGAGGAGAGCGACGAUGAGGCGGAGGAAGACUUCAUCGAAAGCUCUGAAGAGGAGAAACAUCCCUCCAAAACACCAUCAAAGUCCAAAUCGAAAUCGAAAGGAUCAUCUCUUCUGGUGAAGCUUGCUCUUCCCAAGGGUGGAGCUACGCCGUAUCGAAAUACUAGGGCUCGGAGCGGCAGUAGAGGGCUUGGCAGAGGAGCGACUCCUGACUUUCAAGCUACUCCUGGCACUCGGCGAAGUAGUCGUAUAGCACAUGAUGACAGUGAAACAUUUGUGGCUUUGUCGACUUCGGGUCACCAUGCCGAUAUCAUCCGUCCAGGAUCGCAGAGUCUUAGCCCUGAAGGCCCUUCUAAGAGACCGGUCCGCGGGGGUAAAGGUCUAAAAGGGCCAGUUCCAAGUGUGAUUCAGGAAGAGGAGGACGAGGGCUCGUUUCCGAAUGAACAUCGCUCGUCGCAGUUCGAUCAAGCUGUUCAGGAUUCAUCAGACGUCGAAAUGCAAGCUAAAGACGAGGCCGAAGCGGCUUCAACCUACGAAGGCCAGGACAUCGAGAAUAAGGACGAUUUGAAUGUGGACUUGGAUGAAAAUCGGGCCAACGAAGAGGCUUCUGGUGCAACCGCGCAUGAUGAAAACGAUGACGACGACGACGAUGAAGACGACGACGAGCCCAUAUUUAGUCGCUCGCGCGCAAGCAGGGCAGGGAGGGACACAGUGCCGGAGCUUCAGCAAGCUCAGCCAGAUGCCAACGCUAGUGACGGUGACGAAUCACCACUCAAAAGCAGGCGGGCUACAAGAAGCUCACAAAACCAGCGUAAGCCUGCGGUCGAGGAGAGCAGCGAUUUCGAACCAAAUCCCGAAGAAGAAGAGGGUGACGAAGAUGUUUCAGGCUCAGAAGGAUCUUCACGGCGAAAAGGGCGUCAAAGAAAUGAAGAGGAAGAUGACCGCAGCGCUGGGCGUAGAUCACACCGCCUCAAGGAUAAGUCAAGAUCCUCCACAAGAAACAGACGUGGCUCAGAUUCCGAAGCGAAUAGCGACGGAGUUGAUGCUGCUGAGGAGGCUGAGGAGCUGGCGGAGGAAUUGGAGGAACUGAGAAGCGGACGGAAGCGCCCAGCUCGAACUGAAAUCAUUUACGAAAAGCCUACGCGUCGAGCCAGAAAGACUGUCGAUUACAGAAUUAUGAGACCGGACUUGGCGUUUCCAACUGAAGAGACCGAACCAGCGGCAGAAUCAACACCUACACGUCGUGGCAGGGGAGGAGGCGGUGGUGGCUGGCAGCGCAGUCUCUUCUCGACCUACGGACCGUUUGGUGGUGCUGGUGGACCUCCUCCGCUGUUUGGUGGCCCACACAAUUCUACAGCCACCGGAGGCGUAGAUUCUGAUAGUAGCGACGAUGAGGGUAUGCAGCGCCCCCGAGGCGCCGGCGCGUCUGUGGGCGGAGCUGGCAUGCUUCCUUCGAUGUUCGGAGAUGCCGCACAAGGUCUCUCUGGAACACCCGUAAAUCUCGGGAAGGUCAAGGACAAGCAGACACUGGCUGAUGCUGAUCCACUGGGCGUGGACCAAAAUGUAAACUUUGGGAGUGUCGGGGGCUUGGAUGAGCACAUCAAUCAGCUUAAAGAGAUGGUAUCACUUCCCCUCCUUUACCCCGAGAUUUUCACUCGCUUCCACGUUACCCCUCCGCGUGGAGUCCUGUUCCAUGGACCCCCCGGUACUGGUAAGACACUGCUUGCCCGUGCCUUGGCAUCCAGCGUCAGCUCUCAAGGACGAAAAGUCACCUUUUACAUGAGAAAGGGAGCAGAUGCUCUAAGUAAAUGGGUGGGAGAAGCGGAGCGGCAACUCAGACUGCUUUUUGAAGAGGCUCGUAGAACGCAGCCGAGUAUUAUAUUCUUCGACGAGAUUGAUGGUCUCGCUCCUGUCAGGUCAAGCAAGCAAGAGCAGAUUCAUGCGUCCAUCGUGUCUACCUUAUUAGCUCUGAUGGAUGGCAUGGAUGGGCGGGGCCAAGUCAUCGUCAUUGGUGCGACCAAUAGACCCGACUCCAUCGACCCUGCCUUGCGUCGUCCCGGCCGAUUUGAUCGCGAAUUUUACUUCCCACUUCCCGGAACCGAAGGGCGCCGAAAGAUCAUCGACAUUCACACCAAAGGGUGGAAUCCUCCACUGGAAAGCUCAUUCAAGGACCAGCUUGCUGAGGUCACGAAAGGGUAUGGAGGUGCUGAUCUUCGCGCGCUCUGUACCGAAGCCGCUCUCAAUGCAGUUCAGAGAAGAUAUCCUCAGAUUUACAGCUCCAACGAGAAGCUGGUCAUUGAUCCUGCUUCUAUCAAUGUGACGGCCAGAGAUUUUAUGAUUUCCGUCAAAAAGAUUGUCCCAUCCUCUGAGAGGUCUACGUCUUCAGGUGCCUCGCCAUUGCCAAAGAUUAUCGAGCCGCUCCUGCGCCAACCCCUUGCAGAGAUCAAGGCCAUUCUAGCAGAUAUUCUCCCUCCAAAGAAGCGGCUCACAGCGUUAGAGGAAGCCCACUACGAGGACGCUCAAGACGAUGGUGGCUUCUUCCGCGAAAAGAUGCUGCAAGAAUUCGAACGAUCGCGGGUUUUCCGACCACGACUGCUCCUCCGAGGACAGCCAGGCAUGGGUCAACAAUAUCUUGCUGCAGCUCUAUUGAAUCACUUUGAAGGUCUUCACGUGCAGUCUUUUGAUCUAUCCGUCCUGCUGAGCGACUCUACAAGGUCACCUGAAGCCGCUGUUGUGCAGCUUUUCGCGGAAGUUCGCCGACACAAGCCAAGUGUGAUCUACAUUCCAAAUGUCAAUACGUGGUACCAGACGUUGACCGGUUCUACCAUUUCUACUUUCCUUGGCAUGCUCCGAAGUCUUUCGCCCUCUGAACCAGUUCUAGUACUGGGUGUUCUCGAAAACGAUGGUGACGAACCUGCUGACUCCGCCAUCGUUCGUGAUUUGUUUGGCUUUUCAAGAAAGGGCAGAUACGAACUCGGAAGGCCUCAACAUCCCUGGCGACACGAGUUCUUCUCCAAUCUCAUCAACUACAUCCAAAUGGCGCCAAAGGAUUUCCCUGAUCCUGUGAACCGGAAGAAGCGGAAGUUGGAGACUUUGCCGAUAGCGCCACCGCCUCCACCCAUCAAGCCUCAAAUAUCCAAGGAAGAAUUGAAAGCCCAGAGAAGGAAAGAUAGACAAACACUGAAUCUGCUCAAGCUGCGAAUCCAGCCUGUUAUGGAUCAAAUCAGAUUGAAAUAUAAACGAUUCAGGACGGGUAUCGUUGAUGAUUCACAAAUCAAAUAUCUGUUUGAAGACGAGAACCCGGAAAUAAUCACGUCUGAUCUUCCGCAGGAGCAACGCCAACAACAUUUGCUCUUCAGACCCUAUGAGAAGGGCCAAGAUGAAAAUGGUGUUCCUGGGCUUUUGGAAGUUGCUUCCAACAAGUUCUUUUACAAUUUGGAAAUCGUCACGAUCGAGAAGCGGCUCUCUAAUGGCUUCUACAAGCGACCAAGAGAUUUUCUUGCAGAUAUUAAAAGACUUGCCAAAGACGCACGGAAUAGCGGAGAUCAAGACCGAACGCUCAAAGCUAAUGAGAUGCUUGCGAAUGUCGAAGUGGACAUUGGCUUAAUUGAGACCUCUGACCCUGCUUUUGUUGCAGAGUGCGAACAAGUUUAUGCACGAGAGAAGGAACGGGAAAAGCAAAAAGCCGAAAAGGCUCAGAAGGCGGCCGCUGCUGAAGAAAACCCGUUCUUCCCGAGAAAACGUCUUGAUGAGCAAGGUUCCUCGUCUGAACAACAGUCGUCCGGGCCCGUCGUACUGGGAGAACCUAUACCUGGAACAUCUAAUCUAAACCCGACGACGCCCUCACGGCCUCCUUUUAAAACUACUUCAACUUCGUUGUCAAAUGGGUAUCUAGAAGGUGAUUCUAGCCAUGAUUCAACCACCCGCUACGGUCAGAGCAACGGUUCCUCUGGUGCCACUCAUGGCGAUGGAGAUACGCAUAUGACCGACAGUGAAGAGGGACAACGUACAGGACCACAUACCCAGCAAACCGAUUCCAAUCGAUCAACGCAAUAUUCGCAGCCUUCUUAUUCGGGCCAUGACCAGCAGGCACAGGCACACUCAUCGCAGAAACCAGCAAUUCCCAAUUGGUUACAGCCUAGUGGCCAGAGUACUCAGAAUACUCCCAGGUCGCAGAAAUCUGCACUGACGAUGAUGCCGCCGGGUUCUCAAAUCGAUGACUUUGUGAAUGAUGCUUCAACCACACCAUCUGAGAAGAAGACAUCUGACCAUUCCAAUCGUUCCUCUGGUCCUUUUUUCAACACACAAAGCUCUAAUGGCCUGUACGUUCACGUGCAAAGAGGCGAUGGCCCUGACUUUACUGCUUUACCUGACAGAACGUCUGGAGAUUCUCAAUUGCCCGAUACCCAAGAAAUGGCAUUUUCACAGACGAGCAUUCCCAGCAGCCAACAGUCGCAACCUCGGUCACAGCAGGGCUCUCAGCCACCAGUGCCCCCCUUCAAUGCGCCACAUCGUCACGCCGCUUCCGGAAGCAUUUCAUCUAUACUGAAUCAGUCGGAUCAGCGAGGGCAGCUCAUCCUAGACGACGAGUACAUUCGUGAGCUACAUGAUCAAUUAACCGAACGCACGAGCGGAUGUUCAGUCGAGCAACUGGAGCAGAUCAAUACGGCGCUCAUGGACUGCAUCUGGCGCGAACGGGGCGAAUGGAAUCGAACUAAGGUCGGAAGGGAAGUAUCCCAAGUGUUUGAGGAGGUAAUGAGAGAUAUCCUGGAGAUGCAGGAGGUAUUGCCGGAAAGCUUGCCUUUGGAGUGAAGAAAAGCGGCUCAAGUUCUCUUUCUGUUUUUUUUUUUCCCAUUUUCAAUUUUCAAUUUUUCUUUUCGCUUUUCUCUCUAUGCUAUUCAGUUUAGCAUGAGCAUCACAUUUGCGUUGCAUGGCACAAUGUAUAUUUCAUUAGAUUGAUCCCGCUGUCGAAAAAGUAUCAGGACGAAGAGGUGGAGAAGUGGGCAAGAUGGUAGAGAUCGGUGUGGCAUAUCAGAAUCCUGGUAUAUUCUUCUUUUCUUUCCUUUCCUUUUAUUCUUUUCCAUUGCCUUUUCCUUUUCUCACAUCCGUUUCAUCUUAUGGUUUUUCUCUUUCUACAUAAGGAAUCUGGCUUUUCUUUCAUUAUCUUUCUUACUUUAAACAGCGGUUUGAGAACAUUUUCUAUGGGAAUAACGGCAGGCGAAUCGAAUCAUUCAAUGGACAGUAACCCCGAUAUUUUGAUAAAGCAAAUAGCAAUUCAGUUUCAAUAUCUAGAGCCAGGA